CCUAGGCGCUAGCGCGAGGAAGGAGGAUGACGAUUUAACCCGCGCUCUCCUGCCAGUCCGGUUACGGGGCGCCUCCGCCUCGGAGCCUCCGAGCCGCGCCGGGGGGAGUGCCGCAUGGGGCAGGGCCGCUGAAGCGCGGAGUUCGUGGUCUUGCCGUGCCAGAGAGGGCGCGGGGGUCGGGUGCGGCAGUUGGCACAGUUUCGGCGGCGCCUUCAGCGCGGGAGUUGGGGGCGCGGCACGCCUACCCGGCCGCCUCGGUGUCUUCGUGAGGCGCGAGUUAUGGAGCCCCCCAGCUGCAUUCAGGAUGAGCCGUUCCCGCACCCUCUGGAGCCCGAGCCGGGCGCUCCUGCGCAACCGGGCGCCGGGAAGCCGGGCGACAAACGGUUUCGGCUGUGGUACGUGGGGGGGUCGUGCCUGGACCGCAGGACCACGCUGCCCAUGCUGCCCUGGCUCAUGGCUGAGAUCCGCCGGCGCAGCCAGAAGCCCGAGGCGGGCGGCUGCGGGGCGCCGGCCACCCGCGAGGUGCUCUUGGUGCUCAGCGCGCCCUUCCUGCGCUGUGUCCCCGCUCCGGGCGUCGGGGCCGCGGGCCCCGCGGCGGCGCAGCCCAACCCGGCGGUGUUCAUCUUCGAGCACAAGGCACAGCACAUCUCGCGCUUCAUUCACAACAGCCACGAUCUCACCUACUUUGCCUACCUGAUCAAGGCGCAGCCCGACGACCCCGAGUCGCAGGUGGCCUGCCACGUUUUCCGCGCCACAGACCCCAAUCAGGUUCCGGAUGUGAUCAGCAGCAUAAGGCAGUUAUCCAAAGCUGCCAUGAAAGAGGAUGCCAAAGCCAGCAAAGACAGCGAGGAUGCCUUUUACAACUCUCAGAAGUUCGAAGUCCUGUAUUGCGGGAAGGUGACGGUGACCCACAAGAAGGCCCCGUCGAGCCUCAUCGAUGACUGCAUUGAGAAGUUCAGCCUGCACGAGCAGCAGCGCCUGAGGAUCCAGGGCGAGCAGCGCGGCGCGGAUGCGGGUGACGACCCGGUGGACUUCGAGGCCGCGGCGCCCGGCCCAGCCGCCGCCAUCCUGUCCGAGGAAGGGGACGGCGUCCCCAACACCCAGCCUGCCUUACCGGCCGCGGCCAGCCAGCCGGGGCUGCCCAGCUCUCGAGCUGGCUUCCCGGAGCGGAUUCUGGAAGAUUCUGGCUUUGAUGAACAGCAGGAGUUCCGGUCUCGGUGCAGCAGCGUCACCGGAGUCUUGCAAAGGAAAGUUCACGAGAACAGCCAAAAACCACUGCCGCGAAGGAGGCACGCCAGUGCGCCGAGUCACGUCCAGCCGUCGGAUUCCGAGAAGAACAGGACGAUGCUGUUCCAGGUUGGGCGGUUUGAGAUUAACCUUAUCAGUCCAGACACCAAAUCAGUUGUGCUUGAAAAGAAUUUUAAAGAUAUCUCUUCUUGUUCUCAGGGUAUCGAGCAUGUAGAUCAUUUUGGCUUCAUCUGUCGGGAGUCAGCAGAGCCCGGGAUGAGCCAGUAUAUCUGCUAUGUGUUCCAGUGUGCCAACGAAUCUCUGGUCGAUGAGGUAAUGCUGACUCUGAAACAGGCCUUCAGCACGGCAGCUGCCCUGCAGAGUGCCAAGACCCAGAUUAAGCUGUGUGAGGCCUGCCCUAUGCACUCUUUGCAUAAGCUCUGUGAAAGGAUUGAAGGUCUCUACCCGCCGAGAGCCAAGCUGGUAAUACAGAGGCAUCUCUCAUCACUGACAGAUAACGAGCAAGCGGACAUCUUUGAGCGAGUUCAGAAAAUGAAGCCAAUCAGUGACCAGGAGGAGAAUGAACUUGUGAUUUUACAUUUGAGGCAGCUGUGUGAAGCCAAGCAGAAGACACACAUUCACAUUGGAGAAGGCCCAUCGACUAUUUCAAAUAGUACAAUCCCAGAAAAUGCAACAAGCAGUGGAAGGUUCAAACUUGACAUUCUGAAAAAUAAAGCUAAGAGAUCUUUAACUAGCUCCCUGGAAAAUAUCUUCUCAAGGGGAGCUAACAGAAUGAGAGGUCGGCUUGGGAGUAUGGACAGCUUUGAACGAUCCAACAGUCUUGCUUCGGAGAAGGACUAUUCACCAGGAGACUCUCCACCGGGGACACCACCAGCCUCCCCACUGUCCUCAGCUUGGCAAACGUUCCCUGAAGAGGAUUCUGACUCCCCACAGUUUCGAAGACGGGCGCACACGUUCAGCCACCCACCUUCAAGCACAAAGAGAAAGCUGAAUUUGCAGGAUGGGAGAGCUCAUGGUGUUCGCUCCCCUCUUCUGAGGCAGAGCUCCAGCGAACAGUGCAGCGAUGGAGAAGGGAGAAAAAGGACCUCGUCUACUUGCAGUAAUGAAUCUCUAAACGCUGGAGGAACCCCUGUCACCCCUCGUCGAAUCUCCUGGCGGCAGCGCAUUUUCCUCAGGGUUGCUUCUCCCAUGAACAAAUCUCCCUCAGCGAUGCAGCAGGAUGGACUGGACAGGAAUGAACUGCUACCACUAUCCCCUCUUGCUCCAACCAUGGAGGAGGAACCACUGGUUAUAUUCUCGUCUGACGAAGAUGACCCAGAGAAGGCUGAAGAAAGAAGGAAAUCAGAAGAACUGAGGAGUUUGUGGAGAAAAGCCAUACACCAACAAAUCUUGUUGCUUCGAAUGGAGAAAGAAAACCAGAAACUUGAAGCAAGCAGAGAUGAACUCCAGUCCAGAAAAGUUAAACUGGACUAUGAAGAAGUUGGUGUAUGUCAGAAGGAGGUCUUAAUAACCUGGGAUAAGAAGUUGUUGAACUGCAGAGCUAAAAUCAGAUGUGAUAUGGAAGAUAUUCAUAUUUCUCUUAAAGAAGGUGUUCCCAAAAGUCGACGAGGAGAAAUUUGGCAGUUCCUGGCUUUACAAUAUCGUCUAAGGCACAGGUUGCCCAAUAAGCAACAACCUCCUGACAUAUCCUAUAAAGAACUUUUAAAGCAGCUCACUGCUCAACAGCAUGCUAUUCUUGUGGAUUUGGGAAGGACAUUUCCUACUCACCCUUAUUUUUCAGCACAGCUUGGGGCAGGGCAGCUCUCACUCUUUAACCUCUUGAAAGCCUACUCACUGCUGGACAAAGAAGUGGGUUACUGUCAGGGGAUCAGCUUUGUGGCUGGAGUCCUGCUUCUGCACAUGAGCGAAGAGCAAGCCUUUGAAAUGCUGAAAUUCCUCAUGUAUGACCAGGGCUUCCGCAAGCAGUACAGACCUGACAUGAUGUCGCUGCAGAUUCAAAUGUACCAGCUGUCCAGGCUCCUUCAUGACUAUCACAGAGAUCUCUACAAUCAUCUUGAAGAAAAUGAAAUCAGCCCCAGUCUUUAUGCUGCCCCCUGGUUCCUCACAUUGUUUGCCUCUCAGUUUCCACUAGGGUUUGUAGCCAGAGUUUUUGAUAUUAUUUUUCUUCAGGGAACUGAAGUUAUAUUUAAGGUUGCACUCAGUCUGCUGAGCAGCCAGGAGACACUUAUAAUGGAAUGUGAAAACUUUGAAAGUAUUGUUGAAUUUCUUAAAACCACACUACCUGAUAUGAAUACAUCUGAAAUGGAAAAAGUCAUUACCCAGGUUUUUGAGAUGGAUAUUUCUAAACAGUUACAUGCCUAUGAGGUGGAAUAUCACGUUCUGCAGGAUGAGCUUCAGGAAUCAUCAUAUGCCUGUGAGGAUAGUGAACCUAUGGAGAAGCUGGAGAGGGCCAACAGCCAACUGAAAAGACAAAACAUGGACCUCCUAGAAAAGUUACAGAUAGCUCAUGCUAAAAUCCAGACCUUGGAAUCCAAUCUGGAAAACCUUCUGACCAGAGAGACCAAAAUGAAGUCUUUAAUCCGGACUCUGGAACAAGAGAAAAUGGCUUAUCAAAAGACAGUGGAUCAGAUCCGGAAGCUGCUGCCAGCCGAUGCGCUCGCCAGUUGCGAAUCAUUGCUAAGAGACCUCACUUGCAACCCUAACAACAAAGCCAAGACAGGAAACAAGCCAUAAUUGAAGAAGCACCACAUCAGCAGAACGGCUCUUAGAAUGGUGAAGAAGGGAAGCGUCUGCGUGCUGCCGGCCCAACGCUGGACACCGGAGCUGACGGAACCACUGCAGUCUGGUGCUGAGCCCUAGUCCUCGAGGGUGGACCUCGCUCUCGUUAGAGUACGCCAAUCCUAAGCCAUUGUACAUAUGUAGACUGGUUUUAUGUUGUUGACUAUGUACAUAGACAUAAAAUGGACAUAAAGAGUUCAUGCCUUCAGAUCAAAGGAGUAGAUGUAUAUUUAGAGUAAUUUUUUAAAUCAAAACUUCAUGAAAUCCACACCAAAGGGAAGUUAAAAUGAAAUUCCCCUUGGACAUAGGUGAAAUCAUUUUGUCUUUGUAGUGAAACAAAGCUAGAGCAUCUUUGUAUAUUGAAAUAUACUUGAAAAAAAUGAAUGUAUUUUUUUCUCCAAAGAACAGCAUGUUUCACUCAAUGGUGGAGAGGUAGAAACAUUUGUGUAACUUUAUGUAUAUCUGUCUUAAAAUCUACUGACAUUAUGUAUAUCUGAGGAAAAUGACAAAUUGCCAAUUAUGCUCCUAUGGGUUUUUCAGGAAGGUGGGGGCCUUCCUCCCCCGCCUGCUUUGUGCCAACUAGCAUGUUGUUGUCUACAUGCAUUUUGAGUCAGGUUAGGCAUGACUUUGGACAUGCAUAAGGAGAAAGCAAGACAUCGUCGUGGAGUCUACCCACCCAGCUCAGGGUGAAAGAGAAUGUUGCUAAUUUCUCAGCAAAUUAGACCAGCAUUGUUACUCAAACUAAAAAUAUCAGGCCUCCACAAUUUCAUUUAGGACCUAAAUUGUCUAGAUCAACUUUCUAUUUUUUAUUUAAAUGACUCCUUACAGUCAUAAAUGGGCUCCCUUUUACUUGGUGCCAUAGUUGGUGACAAGGAUUUGUCAUUUUCCCACUUACAGGAGCUCCUAAUUUAAUUCUCUCUACCUUAAAUGAAAGGGAAAUUAUGAUUGGUUUUCUAAAGAUAAUAUGCUGUGUUGAGACACUUUUUUUUUUUUGCCAACUGAUUGAAUCUAAUAAGCUCUCAAUCAUCUUUCCCUUGUAUGUGAAAGUUUGUGAGAACUGUGAAAUGUUUAAGAAUAAACUGUUGAAAUCCAUUGGAGAGAAGUGGAAAGUGGCAUCAAGCUCUUCUAAGACCUACUUCUGUGUUUGAACUCCCAGCUUCCUCAGCCUACAGCUUAUCAGAGGACAUUCAUGCAUGCUGGGUAUGUGGAGGAAAAGUAAUUUUCAAAGUACACAUGCAGUUCUCCAUUUCAGAGAUGAUUCUAUGGUAGUGCCUCUGAAAGUUGAUGCAGCAUUUUUGCCUUUCCAAACAAUAUUAUCAUUUCUGCUUUUUGCAGUCCUUAUCACAGAUGGAUCACUUGGGAUAAUUUUCUUCAGAGGGAGUUUUUUAUACACUAGCCACAGUGUAUUAUAGGUUAGAAGGGCAAAGCUCUCAAGGUUUGGGAAAACCUUGAAGAGCAGAUGAUAAGCAUCUGAACCCCUGCCUUUACACCAUUACUCAGUGUAAAUGUAAUGAUUCUUGUUUCAAAUCAUCAUGCCUUCUAAUCCAGUUUUUUUAAAAAAGAAAAUAAAAUCUUAUUAGGAAAGUUAAUGUAAUUUCUAGCUCUAGGAAAUGCAGAUUCUAGGUCCCCUAUUAAGUUGGGGUUAUCAACUGAUUUGUUGCUUGGACUCCCUCAAAUUUCUCUUAUUUGUAGGAGAGGUUUUUCCUAUGAGGAAUAUGACAGAUACCAUCUGGUUACUGUCUGAUAUGAGAAUUACCUUAUGUUUGUGAUAUACAGGCGGUAGCCAAAGAAUCUUUAAGUUGGGAAAAGAAACUUUCCCUUUCAGUUCAGUUUCAAGUAAAUUUUAUUCUGGAUAUUCAAAGUCAACGUCAUGAGCUGUGUUACAGUGUUCAGAGAUUAAAAUGUCUUAGAUACAGUAUUUCUUCUGAAAAUGAAUUUUCUUUUUCUUUUGUGACUUUUUUAAAUGUUGCACCAGUUAUGCUUAUGCAUUGUUACAUCUUCAUCCAAUUAAUGUAAUGUCUAGCUCAUUUCCAAUAAAUCUAUUGCUACGGUUUC